GGUGAAGGCCGAGCAACCUGUCGUGGACAGCCGUCUCGAGAGCGGUGACGAGGAGAUGCUAGAUGAGCCUGUACUGAGGAAGGCCAACGAUGAGGGUUAGUCGCAGAACCUUCGUACGAUUGUAUGACCGAGGCGUUGUUACAAGGUUCUCACACUGCACAUGAGCAUGCUGGGGUGCGGAAGAAUGAAAUCACAAGGAAGCAACAGCUAGAUGCCGCAUCGGAGAGCCGGCGGAAGGUGGACUAUGAUACCCCGAUCGAGGAGCCGAACGAUGAAGAAAGUGACGGACCGGGUAUAAGCCUCAGUGAUGAACACACUGACCCGCUCUCUGAGGAGCCGAUGAAGGGCUUCCUGAAGCAAGCCAGGCGAGAAUUGGAGCUUUACAUCGCUGUUGUUGAUGCCUGGCCUGGGUAUACCCAGUAUGGGAGGAUGGACGUGACUGUCAAGAUCAUCAACACGACUUACGAGAAAUAUACGAUCUAUCGGAACGAACGAUUCCGGACAUUGUUCGCACCGCUGUGGGCUGACGAGAAUAUCAGUACCAGGAUGGUCGGAUACAUCUAUAUGGCAGCUUCGUUUCUUCGUCACCAACUUAAGCAGACCGCCAUACAGGUUGUGCAGAAGGCAUACACGCGUAUCGAUACUGGACCCGAUGGCACCAGGCUUGACGGUCUCAGCGAACACAGGAUGAGCCGGAGUGCCAGAGCUGCUCGCAUCGUGUUCCUCAGGGCUGGCGAUACCUUUCACCAUGGUGAUGUGGACAUACCAUUUCAAGACACUGUCGAUAGCUCGCUCUGGAAAGUGGACCUUACCAAACCAUACCACAACCAGAUAAUUGGACAGAUCAUAGCACACCAGUGGUUUCUAAAGCGGGACCCAGAAGCACUGCAAAAGGAGGACCGAGACCACUUUGACCUCGACAAACCACUGUCAAGUAACAUGAUAGCACUCGUGUGCAGUUCUGUCAAUACGUGUCGCCCUUGACGAAUUGGUAACAGGGGAGCAGAGGACAGUACGAUUCAGUGAACGCUACUAUGCAAAGCAACAUCAAAUUUUCAAAGCCGAAAUUGACAUGUAUAGAGACAAUG